CUCGCCUUGCCAGUUUCUCUCUACCGCUGGUAGGGGUCGGUUCACUGUAGAUGAGAAGUUGAUUCGUUGGAUGGAAUUAUAUUAAACGAAAAAUGUUACUCUCGCGCGGUGCAUCGAUUUUGAGAAAUGUUUCACGUCUCGGUCAAAAGAGCCACGUAGGAAUAAAUGUAACACAAACCCGUAAUAAAUGGUAUUAUCGUUCCCUUCCGCCGCACGACAAAACAUGGCUAGUGAUAACUGAAUGCGCAGGAGGGGUGAUGUGGUGGUGGAUUCUGUGGAACUUGUUCCACGAGCAUGAACAUCUUACUGGCCACUUCCCUUAUCCACGUCCAGCAGACUGGACAGAUGAAGAAUUGGGAAUUCCGCCAGAGUAAUAGGUAGACUUUUUGUAUAAAUAUUUUAUUAUAUUUAAUUAAAAUCUACGAUCGCGUAUCAUAACUUGGAUACAUCAGUGAAUCGUUAGCUUAUAUGUAGCUUAUUGUUCUAAUAAAGGUAUCAUUUUAAUUGUA